AUGAAGUUCUUCGCCGGCGAGGUCGUGGACUACGACGACAAGAAAAAGUGGUUCCGCGUGCUCUACGAAGACGACGACGAAGAGGACAUGAACGAGACGGAGCUGCUGCGCAUCCUCGUCGCCGACGCGCGCCCGCCGCCGGCCUACCCGCAGCACGCGCUCCUGCCGCGCGACAGCGACGCCGGCGCGCCCGCGGCCGACGGCGACGACGCGCGGCGCCUCGGCGCGCUCGAGGUGCUGCCCGCCGACGCCGCCGGCGCGCCCGCGGUCGACGACCCGCCGUCGCCCGACGGCUCCAACGCCUCCAACGAGACCUGGACGCCGAACGAGAAGUACAUCGGCUCCCACGAGUCGCUCGCGGCCAUCGGCAUCGUCAUCGACGGCGAGACGCAGGUCGGCUACGUCGUCGCCUACUCGCCGCGCGAGGGCGAGGACCUCUAG